GCGGCGAGGGGGAGCUGGGCGCGGGCUGGGUCGGAAAAGCUGCCUCACUGCGCGGCCCUGCCCCUAUGGUCCCGAGCUCUGGCCGGGGCGUCCGGCACGAUCUCGCUGCGCCUUCCCGGGAGGCUGCGUCGGCAACGGCUUCAGCAAAAAUGUCCCAGCCCGGCCCACAGCCUGCAGCUUCUCCCAGGCCCCGGCGAGGCGCUGCGGCUAGCCACACCCAGGAGCAUGUUAAUGAAAAGAAUACUGGAUCAUCUUCCAGACCAGGAGAAAAGAAGGGAUCUGAUGAGAAAAAAGCAGCACAUGUGGGAAGCAGUCAGCCUUCGAGAGCCUAUGCUGGUGGAACAGCCACAGCUACCAAGGUGACAGCUCCCUCUGCCGCCACCAGCAAGUCUCCCAGCAUGAGUACCACAGGAGCUAAGGCUGUUCCAGUCAGCAAACAGAUGGAAGGACCACGUCCCCCUGACAGGAAAAGGCACAGAAAACAGGCUGUGAAAACAGAGUCUGAGAAGUCACAAUCAAGUGAGCAGUCUGUGGUUCAUGAGAAAAAGUCUGCAGAAAGAAAGCUAAAGGAAGGCUCAGAGCCUAUAACCCUUCCCAAGCAUGCAUCAGAUACAAGAAGUAAGCAUGCUCAUAAGGAAAAAGCAGUUUCCAGAUCAGAUGAGCAGAUGGUGUCAGAGAAGAAGGCAGAACCAAAGUCAGGCGCGGAUACUGCUUUGGAUGACCUGAUCGAUACUUUAGGCAAACCUGAAGAUACUGUCAAAGAUGUUCCUCCAUAUACUGGACCAGUAGUUUUGGACCCAAUGGAUUCUACCUACAUUGAAGCUUUAGGUAUAAAAGAAGGGACUAUUCCUCCAGAGUACAGGAAACUUCUGGAAGAAAAAGAAGGGAUCCCCAGACCUCCUCCAGAAUCCCCCAAACCCAUGGGGCCUGAUCAUGCUAUAGACGCCUUGUCAUCUGACUUCACCUGUAGUUCUCCCACUGGAAAGCAAACUGAGAAAGAGAAAUCGACAGGGGACGUUUGCAAAGCUCAGUCUGCAGGAGUGACCAGAAGUGCUGCUGUACCUCCCCAUGAGAAGAAAAGGAAGGUUGAAGAGGGGGUCAUGAAUGAUCAAGCCUUGCAAGCUCUGUCAGAUUCACUGGGCACCAGGCAGCCAGAUCCUGAGAGCCACCUUAGCCCAGCUGAACAAGUCAAAGAGGCAAAAGCAAAAGAAGAAAGGCAGGAGAAAUGUGGUGAAGAUGAUGACACGGUCCCCUCUGAGUACAGGUUAAAGCCAGCUACGGAUAAAGAUGGAAAACCACUAUUGCCAGAGCCCGAAGAAAAGUCUAAGGGCCUGAGUGAGUUAGAGCUAAUUGGGGCACUUUCAGAAGAUUUUGGCCGAUCUACAUAUCAAGACAAACCAUCUCUGCCAGCUGAGAAAAUAGAAAAAUCUGAGGACGCAUCUCCAACUCCUGCAGCUGAGGCUGUGACUCGGGCCUCCAUGUGCAGUAUACAGUCGGCACCACCCAAAGCAGCAUCCUUGACGGGCACAGUGCCAGAUGAUGCUGUAGAAGCCUUGGCAGGAAGCCUGGGGAAAAGGGAAGCAGAUCCCGAAGAUGAAAAACCUGUGGUGGAUAAAGUCAAGGAGAAAGCUAAAGAAGAAGACCAUGAGAAACUUGGUGAAAAAGAAGAAACAAUUCCUCCUGAUUAUAGACUAGAGGAGGUCAAGGAUAAGGAUGGAAAACCACUCCUGCCAAAACAGCCCAAGGAACAACUUCCAUCCUUGAGUGAUGACUUCCUUCUUGAUGCACUGUCUCAGGAUUUCUCCAGUCCUGCAAACAUACCGUCUCUUGAAUUUGAAGAUGCCAAGCUUUCUGCUGCCAUCUCUGAAGUAGUUUCCCGGACGCCUGCUCCUAGCACCCACGCAGCAGCCCCACCGCCUGACCCUGAGGGAGACAAAGACCUCAAUGAAGCUGUGGAUGAACUUGCUGACAGUCUUGGGGAAAGACAGCCUGACCCAAACGAGAACAAGCCUCUGGAUGAUAAAGUGAAGGAAAAAAUCAAAGCAGAACAUAGGGAGAAACUGGGAGAAAGAGAUGACACAAUCCCACCUGAAUACAGGCAUCUCCUGGACAAGGAUGGACAGGUAAUUUGCCUUGUUUUUAAGGGCAAACCAGAGAAAUCACUGACAAAGAAAUCAAAGAAGCCUGAUCAGGACCAGGACCCCAUUGAUGCCCUCUCAGAAGAUUUGGAUAGCUGCCCCUCAACUACAGAGACCUCACAGAGGACAGCAAAGGAGAAGAGCAAGAAGACUUCAAGUUCCAAAGCACCAAAGAAGGGAGGGAAAACAAAGGAUUCCUCCAAGAAGGGAGAGGAGGUGCCCAAGCCAAAGGCUGAUGGAAAUGCAAGCUAAAGUUUACACAUUUGGGUAUCUGAACAGAAGUUCCUCAGUUGGUGGGUGGUGAUUUUCGACGAACAAAGGGUUUGGUGACACUUUUUCUGGGUAUCUUCAAGACAGUGGUAUCUGUUGUGUCUUUUGACAUCUUAAACAUUGGUUUACUAAUCUUUUCCAGAAAGAAAAUGAAUUUGUUUGGUUCACUCGUGUUCUGUAUUGAGUAUUGAUAAAUUUCAAAGAUUUUUAAUUUCCUUUAGGUGGGAAAAGGAAGCUUUAUAUUUGUAAGAAAUGUAUUUGAUAGUUUGUUAAAACACCAAAAACUGAGGGCUGGAGAGAUGGCUCAGAGGUUAAGAGCGCUCUCUGCCUGCUCUUCCAAAGGUCCUGAGUUCAAUUGCCAGAAACCACAAGGUGGCUCAUAACCGUCUACAAUGAGAUCUGGUGCCCUCUUCUGGCAUGCAGUUGUAUAUGCAGGCAAACAUUGUAUACAUAAUAAAUAAACUUUUAAAAAAGAAAACGCCAAAAAUCAGGAACCCUUUGCAGAUUUUUGCACAUUAUACACACAGUGCCUGUAAAUCUCAUUAGUAUUUUUGGUUUGCAUUUUAUUUUUUAGCAUUUGAAAAAUAAUGCUGUCAUUUUUUGUCAGUAUUCUGAUUCCUUAUUACCUCUUUUACUCUUGAGCUUUUGAACUGUAUUUAAUGUAUCCUUGGGUUAAUGUUGAUAAUUCAAAUAUAAAAUAUUGUACAUUGGGCGCAUGACUCCUUUGAGGCUUCUUAUAAUAAAUUAAUGAUAGAUAACAUAGAUAAACACUGGGAGCAGCUGUCUCCUUUCCUGCCAUAAU